AUGCGCUUGGGGGCGGUCACGAUUUUAUCUUUCUCUGCUGCACUUGCUCCGUCGACGAAAGCUGCGCCGGCAGGUGAUAAUACGGAACACAAGCUGAACAUUGUCAGAACAACAGCCCAUAAUGGUAUCACAGUGGACUGGAUCACCCGUGAAUCUCAGGGCAGGACUUACACGCCCCCUUCACGGCCUCCAUCAGGAGCACGACCUCGAGUACCUGGUGCGCAUCAGGCGAAAGUUCGUCGCGAGUUCCAAGGUCCCACGGGAACUGUACCUAUUGCCCGAAUCAACGAGGAGAUUCCCAUGAAGCAACUGCCUCCUUGUAUCUCGGCCGAUGGGUUGAACGCCACCAAGAUCCAAGCCCGUGGUGGUGCAGCUGGCAAGCAUUGGUAUGCCUCCUCAUCACAACGAAGUCGAAACCACGGCGGCGGCGCCUUCAUAUCCACCCACAAGCCGUUCAUCGAGCGACAGCGAGACUUCUCGCUUUUGCAAAUCGCCGUUAUCCAUGAUGCUGCUGACCAGCCCAACGGUGCUGCGCGAAGAAGGCAAACCGUCGAAGCAGGGUGGCAGUACUAUCCUCCUUUUCACAAAGAUGGUCCCCUCCUUUUCACUUUCUUUAGCACAGAUGGACAUCAGAGCCAGACCGACUUGGUGGGCGGCUACAACACAAAGGUGAAGGGCUGGUAUCAACACGACAAAGACAUCCACCCGGGCAUGCCUCUGUCGCAGUUUUCUGUUGAUGGGGGUGACCAGCAGGAAAUCGAAAUCAUGUUCAUGCUCAGUGAGGAAUGCUGGUGGCUUUACACGCUGGACCGCUACGUUGGCUGCUACCCUACCUCGCUGUUCCAUCCCAAGGGCGUGGAUGCCCGGAAUACUUUGGCCACUGGGGCAACUUCUGUCUCCUUGUACGGCGAGAUCUUCAAUAGUGGUGAGCAGGUCACAACCACUGAUAUGGGCAGCGGGCAUCCCGCCGGAGAAGGUUGGCAGCACGCUGCGUACAUGAGGAAGAUGACAUGGCUCGAUGUCGAUGGGAACACGACGCACCACUGGGACGGGACUUCUGAGGUGGAUGAUCCUGCUCGAUAUUCCAUCGACGCCAAGUUCAAGUCGGGGAUUAAGGAUUGGGACAGCUUUAUGUUCCUGGGUGGGCCAGGGGCUGGUGGCAGAAUUGGCGGUUAA